CGUUGUGGUUUACGCCUUCGAGCCUGGUUCACGUACUCCUCUCCCCGUUCCCCAACAUCUUCGGCAUGCGGUGCCUCGUCGCGCUCCCGGCGGUCGCCGUCCCCAGCCGCGGCUCACAUCCUAACCUCAAACCCCGCCGCAGAAGCACUCUAGUAGCUAUCCUUGGGAGCUGCCGCUGCGGCCGCCGCCACCUCCUUGGUGCAUCCUCUGCCGCCGGCCUCCUCCAUCUCGUCAACCCCCCGUGCCUCGCCGCCCCAGCCAUCGACCCCGCCGUGAUGCUUGAACGGGUGCACCCAGCGAGGCCUGGCUGGUACGAGAAGCUUUACGCGACGGCCAUGGACAAGGGCAUGCGGUCUUAUGAAGCCGAGGAUUGCAAGUCUGUGUCAGCAACUGGGCAGCUAACUGAACCCACCGAACCCAAAUUCUCGGAUGUUUCAAUCUGUGAUAUUGCCGUUGCGGGGGAGAACAUUCUGGAGCUUGGUGUUGGGACAGGCCCCAACUUAAAGUACUAUGCAAGUGCUGAUGGUGUAAAUGUAACUGGGGUAGAUCCUAACAUGUACAUGGAGGAGUAUUCUAGAGCAGCAGCAAAUUCUGCCGGGCUUCCGCAAUCAAAUUUCACUUUCAGAAGAGGGGUCGCCGAAGCUUUGCCAGCAGAGGAUGAUUCCAUGGAUGCAGUUAUUGGUACAUUGGUGCUGUGUUCGGUAAAGGACACUGAUAUGGCAUUAAGAGAAAUAAAGGGAGUCCUAAAGCCCGGUGGUCUCUACCUAUUCAUUGAGCAUGUUGCUGCAGCAGAUGGUUCCUUCCUCCAGUUCGUGCAAGGUGCCCUUGAUCCUCUGCAGCAAUUUGUCGCUGACGGGUGCCACCUCACCAGGAAAACAGCUGAAAACAUCAAGGAAGCCGGGUUCUCGAGCUUGAGCCUGAACGCGGUGCGCCUGUCAUCUGCAUAUAUCGUUAGCCCCCAUGUUUAUGGUGUAGCCUAUAAAUGACAUACUCUGCCUGUUUGGGACGGAACUCUGUGUGGUUUAUUCUGAGAUAAUACUCGUACUGGCACAUUUCUGCUCAGUUAUUGCCCCUGGAGGCCUUUCCCUUUUU